CAAGACCUCACCGCUCAUCUCCCGAGGCACGAUGGAUCUGUGAUUGACAGGAGGAUCAAGUUCCGUCAUGGACAAUCCGACCUUCGCUUCUGAGGAACACCUUGCCUUCACGCGGGGCAGGAACAUGGUGGACGAUGACGUAAAGCACGGCGUCAAUAACGGCUACAUGAUUCGCGGGAAAAACUAUGACGUCGCAGAGAACAAUCGUCUGAAUGGUGGAGGACAUCGUGACGUCAUCGGGAGCAGUAAAAUCAUUGGCGAAGAAAAGCGUGACGUCAAAAACAACAAUCAUUCCUUGACCAAUGGGAAGCACCUCGAUGUCGUCGAGGAAGAAGAGACUUCGGAGAGCAUGUGUGGCGGUUUCGGUCGUUAUCCAAAUUGGCUUCAGUGCUGCGCCCAACCAAGGAUCUUCCUCGUCGUCUACUGCAUCCUGAACAUCCUCGGAGGCGCAGAAGUGACCUUUUUCAUGGGCAGCACGACGUCCUUUGAGAAACACUUCCAUUUCUCCAGCAAAGAUGUUGGUUACAUCAUUCUCUUCAGCGAAUUUGGGCCCAUCAUCCUGUCGAUGGUGCUGAGCUUCCUCGGAGGGCGCGGGAACCGACCUCGCUGGCUGGCCUUCGGAGGGUUCCUGGCGGGCGUGGGCACCUUGGCCAUCUUCUCCGCCGUCCUCUUCUACCCGCCGCCCACGCUCUCGGAAUCCGGCCAACUGAAGGACAGCCGGAAGUUCUGCUCCCCCGAGGAGGCGCGAGCCAUCCGCCCCCUGGCCGCCCCGCCCUCGACAUCGCCCUCGCGCCUCUCGUCCUUCUCGAGGCUGGAGGUCGAGUCCGAGACGUCGUGCUUCCUCUCCAACACCUUCGCCUUCGUCUUGUUCUUCGUGGGGCGCGCGCUCAAAGGCGUGGGCGGGGCUCUCAACUUCACCCUGGGCUCCUCCUACCUGGACGACAGCAUCAAGAAGAAGGACUCGCCCGUCUAUUUCGCCCUGUCGACAACCCUCGGGAUCGUCGGGCCCUUCAUAGGCUUCUCUCUCUCGGCCUUCGCCCUCAACAUCUACGUUCUUCCGGGGCAGAAUCACGGCAUUCUGCCGAGCGACCCGCGGUGGGUUGGCGCGUGGUGGAUGGGGCCGCUCGUGUUCUCCAGCCUCAUGUUCGUCUUCGCCUGCGUGGUCGCGCUCUUCCCCAGAAAAAUGAAGAAGAAUUCAUCAAUCGACUGCGAUGCCGAACAACAAAAUGGCGACCCACAGCAACGUCAUUUGUCGGAGCCGCUUUCGGAUUCGGGAAUAAUCCACACUUCUGUCGUCCCUUGCGAUAAUUUGGAACAGCCGAGAACCAAGGAACGAAACGGAGGCAUGAAGGAACGAAAUGGGGGGACGGGAGAAAGAGGGGAUAGAGGAAGAGGAAAGGAAGGAGGAGGAGGCCGCGAUUCGAGUUUAAAAAAGAAAAUGGACGAGAAACAGAAAACAGGCGAUGAGACUUUAGAAGGGAAUACAAAAGCAAAUUUGGAAACGAAAACAAGUCCUGUUCAAGAGCUCCGCGUGGCCAUGGGGAGGAUCCUGAGCAAUAAGGUCGUCGUAUUCCUUGCUUUGGCCGACUUCUUCGCCAUUAUGGGAGCGGCGGGAUUGUUCUUCUGGCUGCCAAAGUACUUCGAGCACCAGUUUAGGACCAGUAAAGCCAAGGCGUCGCUAUUCACAGGGAUCUCCGGCACCUCCUCCGUGAUCCUGGGCGUCGUGGGCGGGGCGUGUGGAUCCGCCGCUUCCGCCGGCCGCCCGCACCGUCGCCCUCACCGUGUCGGGCUGCCUGGCGCUGUACAUGCUGUCGCUGUUCGGCCUGAUGUCCAUCUCGUGCGAUUUCAACGACGAUUUGCCCGGGAUUCUGUCCGUGGAUAGGAGGAGCAUCGACCUGUACCGAGGCUGCAGCGGCGGUUGCAUGUGCAGCCAGAAGGAGUUCGUGCCCGUGUGCGUGCGCGACGGCCCCAUCCGGCUCACGUACUUCUCUCCGUGCCACGCCGGCUGCCCCGAGCUCGA